GGGACGAACAAUGGCAUCCAACGGCGAUAUAAAAGCGACUCGGUCCAUGGGAUCGAAGGGAGUAUUUCUGGCAACCCUUUUCUUCUUCUUCCGUCCUGCAGCUUGUACUCGCAAUUUUUCAUCUUUUUUUUCUUUUUCUUUUUUUAUUAGGUAUCCAUUACAGAAUUUGGGGGAUAUCAGACAAAGAGGGCACAAGGCAACAGCCCCACACUCACACCACCACAUCUAGAUACACUUUCCUCGUGUGUCACGAAGUCUAAUCCGGGAAGGCACGAGGUGGAAAGAAUUGCGCCUACCUAGAGUGAGACAGUGGAGGCUCCUUGCACAAUGGGCUCAGCCGGUGCAGAAAAUGACCGGGGCAUCAGGAUUGCCAUUGACCGUGGCGGCACCUUUACCGACUGCGUGGGCAACUUCAACGGCGAGGAUGUCGUCAUCAAGCUGCUCUCCGAGGACCCGGCCAACUACAGCGAUGCGCCGCUCGAGGGCAUCCGCCGCAUCAUGUCGCACUUUCUGCAGCGCGACAUUCCGCGCGGCGAGCCCCUCGACACGGCCCAGAUCGACUCGAUCCGCAUGGGCACCACCGUCGCCACCAAUGCCCUGCUCGAGCGCAAGGGCGAGACCAUCGCCCUCGUCGUCACCAAGGGCUUCAAGGACUGCCUCGUCAUCGGCAACCAGUCGCGCCCCGACAUCUUCGACCUGGCCAUCAAGAAGCCCCAGGUCCUCUACUCGGCCGUCGUCGAGAUCAACGAGCGAGUCACCCUCGAGGACUAUGCCGAGGAUCCCGAGCGCCACCUCACAAAGUCCGACGCCCGCGCCGGCACCGCCGAGGCCAGGACUGCCGACAUAGUCAUGGGCUUGUCGGGCGAGGCUGUACGCAUUCUACAGCGACCCCAGCGAGACACGAUCCGCAGCCAGCUGCAGCAGAUAUUCGACAGUGGCAUCAAGAGCAUAGCCGUCUGUCUGAUGCACGCGUACACGUUCCCGGACCACGAAGCCCUCGUCGGCGAGGUCGCCAGGGAGAUUGGGUUUGGCCACGUCUCGCUCAGCCACGAGCUGAUGCCCAUGAUUAAGCUGGUUUCACGGGCCACUUCUGUGUGCGCCGAUGCGUACCUGACCCCCACCAUCAAAAAGUACAUCUCCGGCUUUCAGCAGGGCUUCGAGGGCGGCCUGGGAUCUAAGAGUGUGAAGCAGAAGGGCGCCCGCGGUGCUCGCUGCGAGUUCAUGCAGAGCGACGGCGGCCUGGUGGAUGUCGAAAAGUUCACGGGCCUAAAAGCCAUCCUGUCGGGUCCGGCAGGCGGCGUCGUCGGCUAUGCCACCACAUCUUACGAUGCGAACACCAGAAUCCCCGUCAUCGGCUUCGACAUGGGCGGCACCAGCACCGACGUCUCGCGCUACGGCGAAGGCCGAUAUGACCACACUUUUGAGACCACCACAGCGGGCGUCACGAUACAAUCUCCCCAGCUAGAUAUCAACACGGUUGCCGCAGGCGGCGGGUCGAUGCUGUUUUUCCGAAACGGGCUCUUUGUGGUCGGCCCGGACUCGGCCGGCGCUCACCCCGGGCCAGCCUGCUAUAGAAAGGGGGGCCCUGCCACCGUUACCGAUGCAAACUUGUAUCUGGGGCGGCUGCUGCCCGAGUUCUUUCCAAAGAUCUUUGGCAAGAAUGAAGACGAGGGCCUGGAUCCGGAAGCUAGCAAGCGGGCGCUCCAGGAACUGGCAGAUCAGAUCAACAAGGAGACGGGAAAGCAGAUGGACGUCGAUGAAGUCGCCUACGGAUUCCUCACUGUGGCAAACGAGGCCAUGACACGGCCUAUCCGAAGCAUUACAGAGGCCAAGGGGCACGACUCGUCCAAGCACCGCCUGGCGACGUUUGGAGGUGCAGGCGGCCAGCACGCUGUGGCCAUUGCCGAGGCUCUAGGCAUCAAGCAGAUUCUCAUCCACCGAUACUCGUCCGUCCUUUCCGCCUACGGCAUGGCCCUAGCCGAUGUGGUGGACGAAAGGCAGGAACCGGAUUCCAAGAUCUGGAAGGACGAGGGCGACGCAGUGGGCGAGCUCAAGACUAAGAUGGGUGCACUCAAGGACAAGUCUCGCCACACCCUGAGAGACCAGGGCUUCGAGGACAGUGAGAUUGUGUUUGAGGAGUACCUGAACAUGAGAUACCGCGGCACCGAGUCUGCUCUCAUGAUCAUCAAACCCAGCAAGGAAGGUGCCGACGACUGGAGUUUUGGGAAGGCGUUUGUGGAGCACCACCGCUAUGAAUUCGGCUUCACACUGGACGACAGGGACAUUAUUGUCGAUGAUGUUCGGGUCCGGGGUAUUGGCAAGAGUUUCCGAUACAGUGAGAAGACUGUAGACGAGCAACUAAAAACUGUUAGUCGACAUGAAGUGUCGGCCGAGAAGCAGCACUCUGAGGCAAAGGUCUUCUUCCAAGGCGGCCGCCUAGACACCCCAAUCUACAAGCUUGGGGAUCUUGCGGUCGGGACUUCUAUCAAAGGUCCCGCUAUGUUAGCAGAUGGCACUCAGACCAUUGUCGUUACCCCUGGAUCCACCGCGUUGAUACUUGAAACGCACGUCGUCAUUGACAUACAGAACACAGAGGGGGAGAAGGACACAUCCUCGACAGCGACAGGCGAGUAUGAGGUGGAUCCUAUCAAGCUCAGCAUCUUCGGCCACAGGUUCAUGGCCAUUGCCGAGCAAAUGGGCAGGGCGCUCCAGAAGACGAGUGUAAGCACAAACGUGAAAGAGCGGCUCGACUUUUCGUGCGCCAUCUUCGACGCCACUGGCGGUCUGGUGGCCAAUGCUCCUCAUUUACCAGUACAUCUUGGUUCCAUGUCGACUUGUGUUCGACGCCAGGCAGAGAUCUGGAGGGGCAAGUUGAGCAAAGGAGAUGUCAUCAUCUCGAACCAUCCAUCAUACGGCGGGACGCAUCUGCCGGAUAUCACCCUGCUGAUGCCUGCAUUUAACGAGGCUGGAGACAAGAUCCUCUUCUAUGCGGCGUCGCGAGCACAUCACGCAGACAUUGGUGGCAUCACAGCCGGUAGCAUGCCGCCGCACUCUCGCGAACUUUACCAAGAGGGUGCGGCGAUCAAGAGUGAAAAGUUGGUCAGCGAGGGUAAAUUCAACGAGCAGAGGGUAGUCGAGCUUCUGUACAAGGAGCCGGCGCAGUAUCCGGGCUGCAGCGGGACUAGAUGCUUGGCGGAUAACAUUAACGACCUUCGGGCGCAGGUUUCGGCCAACCAGAAGGGUAUCUCGCUCAUCGAGACACUCAUCGACGAGUACGGCGAGGACACGGUCCAGUUCUACAUGGUGGCAAUCCAGAACAACGCCGAGCUGCAGGUUCGGAGCCUGCUCAAGACGGUAUCCAAGCGGUUCGAGGGCAAGGAACUCUCGGCGGUCGACUUUAUGGACGACGGCAGCCCGAUCCGUCUCAAGAUCACCAUUGACGCCGAGAAGGGCGAGGCCGUCUUCGACUUUGAGGGCACCGGCCCGGAGGUCUACGGCAACAUCAAUGCCCCUGAAGCCGUGUCGUAUAGCGCCAUAAUCUACACGCUCCGCUGCAUGAUCUCUGAGGACAUCCCGCUCAACCAGGGAUGCCUCAAGCCCAUCACGGUUAAGAUCCCACCCCAGAGCCUGCUGUCGCCGUCAGACAACGCCGCCGUUGUGGGCGGUAACGUCUUGACCAGCCAGCGCGUGACUGACGUCAUAUUCAAGGCGUUUGAGGCUUGCGCUGCCAGCCAGGGCGACUGCAACAACCUGACGUUUGGCUUUGGCGGCAAUGUAACGGGCGAGGCCGAGGUGCGCGGCUUUGGCUACUACGAGACCAUUGCGGGCGGCAGCGGCGCCGGCUCGUACUGGGAGGGCACAGACGGAGUGCACACGCACAUGACCAACACACGCAUCACAGACUCGGAAGUAUUUGAGAGGCGGUACCCCAUCCUGCUGCGAAAUUUCUCGAUCCGCAAAGGGUCUGGCGGCCGCGGCCAGCACCACGGCGGCGACGGCGUCGUGCGCGACAUUGAGUUCCGCAUCCCCGUGCAGGUGUCGAUCCUCAGCGAGCGGCGUGUCUACCGGCCUUACGGCAUGGCUGGUGGCGAGGACGCCGAGUGCGGCCUCAACCUGUGGGUGUGCAAGGUGCAGAAGGCGAGCUGGGAGACGAGCCUGCGGAGGCUCCAGCAGAGCGAGGCUGGCGCGGAAGAGCAAGGGUUCGAGGAGCGCUUCAUCAACCUCGGCGCCAAGAACAGCGCCCCAAUGAAGGCGGGCGACCGUAUCAUCAUUAACACGCCGGGCGGCGGUGGCUGGGGCAAGGUCGGCGACGAGCCGGCGCUCGGCAAGGGGAACAACCCGACUCUGGCGUGGAAGAAGGGGUCACAUGCGGCGCGGGAGGAGAUGGCGCUACAGGCGUGAUGAUGGGGUUCUGAAGGGUGAAAAUAGACUUGAAUAUGUCCCACGAGGUAAUGGAUUCGUAAUUUUGUCAUUAUGUUUUCUUUCGUCGGAGCGCUUUCAUCUGUCACCAAGGUCAAAUGGCCUAUACCCAUCACCAUGUACACAAUGACAUGAACGUUUAUAAUUAUGUCAUGACCGAAUGUACUGGUAAUGUUAAUUGAUAGACAUUUAUGCUGUUUCUUCGUUUUAUUUUUCUAUGACAUUCCCUCUACAGUCGCGUAUUGUCGUUCUUGAUAUAACACCUCCCUCUAUCCUACCCCAAGCAAGAUACAAUAAGUAGCCACGUUGGCGAUCGGGCUCUCCCCCGUCCCAAAUAAACAACCCAAUUAACAAC